AUGUCUGGGGGUAGGGCUGAGUUGGCCUGUAAUGUGAGCCUACAAUCCACCGACGAUGCCAUUACCCUAAUCCUAUGGUAUAGGGCCGACACUUCGGGUGUACCCAUAUAUACGGUGGACGCCCGGACCGGACCCCUCGAUCAGGCGAAACACACACCUAUGCCUUCCGUGUUCGGUACAAAUCGGGCACAUUUUGAUUUGUCUGUACGCCCGGCAGUGCUCCGCAUAGACCCCGUAUAUGAUAACGAUGGUAUGGAGUACCGGUGCCGAGUGGACUAUCGAUGGGGCCGUACUAUGAUGCUCCGCAUAGACCCCGUAUAUGAUAACGAUGGUAUGGAGUACCGGUGCCGAGUGGACUAUCGAUGGGGCCGUACUAUGAGUACGUUCAUCACCCUGAUUGUUAUAGUGCCUCCAAGAAAUCUGAUAAUCAAAAAUGAAAGAAAUCAAAUACAAAACGGUUUGAUCGGUCCCUACAAUGAGGGAGCGGAGGUUAGACUGUCCUGCGUUUCCGAAGGGGGCAAACCCGCGCCGUAUGUUCAUUGGUAUAGAGAUAAUGAGCUAAUUGAUGACACUUAUAGCUACGGCACCGGCAAUAAUACGGCCCAUAACGAGCUGUACAUCAGUAAACUAUCCAGAAUUGUGUUCAAUAGCGUACUGUCGUGUAGGGCCGGCAAUAACGUCAGUAAACCUAUCAUCUCUCGCGUCACAAUCGAUAUUAACCUCAAACCCAUUGAUGUGGAGAUAGUGAACGCCAGGCAUACCCUACAGGCGGGUCGAGAGGUAGAGAUGUCGUGCGAGUCACGCGGUAGUCGACCACCGGCUCAAAUCACCUGGUACAAAGAUAAUCACGAGCUCACACAUUCUAGGGAGAGUAUAUCACACGACGGAAAUGUGACCACAAGCCUUCUGAAGCUGAAUCCCCAGGUGCUCGACAACGGAGCUUAUCUGUCAUGUCACCAACCUUUAGUGAGUUUGCAAUACAAGGGACAGUCCAUUGAGAGCACAGUCGUGAGCGAAGGCGAGGAGAUUAUAAUGGAGUGUUCAGUGAAUAGCAAUCCAUUAGCAAAAGUCAUACUAUUCACACACCACGGCAUCCAAUUAGUCACCGAUUCACAGUCAGGUAUUAUAGUAAAUAACUCGUCGCUGGUCAUCACCAGCGCCCGACCCAUACACCGGGGCUCAUACCAGUGUCUGGCCAUUAACUCGCAGGGAAAGGGUAUGAGCCGUGAAAUUAAUAUCACCAUUCAUUAUGCGCCCGUUUGCCGUCAACUGUCCACAACCGUACGCGUGCUGUCACUGGACGAACCAUUACGGCUAUUAUGCGCCGUCGACGCCGAGCCCGCCGACGGACUACGAUUCCAAUGGCGCUCAAACUCGACCGCAUUCCUGUCCGGCCGCGACUUUGUCGACGACGGGCCCGUCAGUGCGCUAACCCUACCGCCCGACUCAGUGGCCCGACUCGUGGACCCAACCGACCCAAUCCAGUGUACGGCCAGCAACGCUGUGGGCGUCGUACGAGAGCCCUGUGUGUAUCACUUCGCUCAGCCCACUCGACCCCUACCGGUGACCGAUUGUCAGCUCCGGAACCGUACGGCCAACGCUCUGAUUGUUGAUUGUAAUAUUCUGUUGAGUGAUAUCAGGAAUCCUGAUUUGAUUCCCGAAAUAUAUGAUAUUGAAGGCAUUGAGGGUCUGUCCGAUCGCACCGACUGUUUAUCUAUAAUGACGGGCACAACGGCUUCGGUAACGACUACGGGGGCGGCGAAUCACAUACAAUCAAACGGCGAUAUUCGCCACAAAUUGCCGACAAAUUUAAAUAAUAUUCAUCACAAGAAUAUUCUGGAGAAUAAUGUUUUUGUUACGAAUCAGAGCCUCAGAUCUCAACACCAAAUCAGCAAUAAAUCAAUUCUCCCCUCAAAUGCCAUUGAAAUACAUGCCAUCCAGACGAAUACAACUGAAAAUACUGUCUAUCCAUUGACGACCGCUGUUUAACAUUAUCUCCAAUGAUAUUUAUAUUGCAAUUUAAUCACACAUUUGAUAUAUAAUGUACACUAACGGUGC